AUGGCGGGCGGGCCGAUCGUGAGCACGCAGCACCCCGACAUCGACGACACACCGACCGAGGGCUCGCGCACCUAUGCCAUCGUCGUGUGCGUGUUCGCCGCGCUCGGCGGCAUGUUCUUCGGCUAUGACCAGGGCGUGACGUCGUCCAUGCUCAUCAUGGACUCGUUCCUCUACGACUACUGCGUCGGCUGGCACAACUUCACCUACGAGGAGUGCACGCGCUCCACGUCCGACCUGCCGGACGAGUGGACCACCUUCACGGUCUGGUACAACAUGGCCUACAACCUGGGCUGCCUUGUGGGCGCCUUCAUCGGCGGCUUCGUGGCCGACAAGCUCGGCCGCCGCGCCACGAUCUUCUGCGCCGGCCUGCUCUUCUGCGGCGGCACGUGCUGGGUUUGCUUCAACAAGUCGCAGGCGCACACGCUCAUGUACAUCGCCCGCAUCAUCCAGGGCUUCGGCGUGGGCAACUCGUCCUUCUCGCUGCCGCUGUUCGGCGCCGAGAUGGCCCCCAAGGAGCUGCGCGGCAUGCUCUCGGGCUUCAUGCAGAUGACUGUGGUCAUCGGACUCUUCUUGGCCAACGUCGUCAACAUCAUCGUGUACAACCACGACCGUGGCUGGCGCACAACCAACGGCAUCUCCAUGGCACCGCCUAUCGUGGUGCUGCUGGGCAUCUGGUUCGUACCGGAGAGUCCUCGCUGGACAUACAGGCACAAGGGCAAGGAGGAGGCCGAGCGUGUCCUCAAGCGCCUCCGCCAGACCGACAACGUGGGCCACGAGCUGGAGGUGAUCGGCGACCAGAUCGCAGAGGAGGAGGCCGACGACAAGGGGCUGCUGGAGAUCUUCGAGCCGAGUGUCCGCAAGCGCGUGAUCAUCGCGAUGAUGCUGCAAGUGCUGCAGCAGGCCACGGGCAUCAACCCCAUCAUGAGCUACGGCGCUCUCAUCUUCAAGGACAUCACGAACGCCGGCAUCUACGCGGCCUUCUUCCUCUCGGGCGUCAACUUCCUCAGCACCAUCCCGGCCAUGCGAUGGGUGGACACGUUCGGCCGCCGCCAGCUUCUGCUCAUCGGCGCUGUGGGCAUGGUGGGCGGCUGGUUCAUCUGCGUGGGCUCGGCCUUCUUCGUGUUCAACUUCGCCAUCUCGUGGGAGCCCGUGUGCUGGAUCUACCCGGCUGAGAUCUUCCCGUUGGGCGUGCGCGCGCUGGCCGUGGCGCUGUCGACGGCGGCCAACUGGGCCAUGGGCGCCGUCAUGACGGAGGUGGUCAAGCUCUUCCCGCACCUGAACAUCAACGGUGUGUUCUUCCUGUUCGCGGGUCUGUGCUGCAUCUGCGGCGUGUUCGUGUACUUAUUCUGCCCGGAGACGAAGGGCAUCAUGCUCGAAGACAUCGAGGCGCUGUUCCACAGCGGCGGCAAGCCCAAGUCGCCUGCGUUCGUGGAGAUCAAGUCUCCGCAGCAGUCGCUGGUCUAA